AUGCGUUCCAUGCUCGGCUUGCCGGCAUCCACAGCCUCCACGAGCGACAGCAUCCUGGUCAUCAUCAACGCUCAAAACGAGUACGCAACUGGCAAGCUAGCCGUCUCGGAUAUCAAAGCAUCCCGAGCAAAGAUAGCCUCUCUGCUGGAGAAAUAUCGCGUCGCAAAGGCUCCGAUCAUCCACGUCGUCCAUGAAGUGCCAGCUGGUGCCCCCAUCUUUACGCCUGGCACCGAGCUCGCCGAGGAAUUAUCAGAGCUGAAGCCGCUUGAGGGGGAAAGUGUGGUCACCAAGCAUUUUCUUCCAGGCUCCUUCACGGGAAGGAACAAGGUGGUUUUGACUGGAUACAUGGCACACGUUUGUAUCUCGACGACUGCUCGACAGGCCAGUGAAAAGGGGUGGGACGUGAUCGUUGUUGAAGACGCCGUCGGUGACCGCAAUAUCCCUGGAACGAAUGCUGAGGAGUUGACCAAGAUCGCGUUGGCUGAAAUUGCGGAUGCCUUCGGUACUGUGGCCAGGUAUUUCUGUUAG